AAUAAUUCUAGAAGACGAAGUCAGCUAUGAAGAGGCUGAACUCCAAAAUGUUUGUGUUGAAUGCAGGACAAACAUCUGAUGCAUAAUUGCUAUCUGAAACUUCAUUUCCAGUGCUGACCUGGGUGUCUGCUGCAGAAUGCUUUACCUCUUCAGCCUUUUUUGCUUCCUUCUCCCCCAUUUUAGUGAGGUGCAGGCAAGUCAGCGCUCUAUAGCCAUCGUGGCAGAAAUGAUCCAUACUGCUACUCUAGUUCAUGAUGAUGUCAUUGAUGAUGCAAAUUCCCGAAGAGGAAAAAUGACAGUUAAUCAAAUCUGGGGGGAAAGGAAGGCAGUUCUAGCUGGUGAUUUCAUUCUUUCUGCAGCAUCUCUAAUUUUAGCACGUAUUGGAAACGCAACUAUUAUUUCUGUAAUAACGCAGGUGAUUGAGGAUCUGGUGCGUGGUGAAUUUCUUCAGCUAGGUUCCAAAGAAAAUGAAAAUGAGAGAUUUGCUCAUUACCUCGAGAAAACCUUUAAGAAGACUGCAAGUCUUAUAGCACACAGCUGUAAAGCAGUUUCCAUUCUGAGCUGUCCUGAUCCAAAUGUUCAUGAGAUUGCAUACCAAUAUGGAAAGAACAUUGGGAUAGCGUUUCAGUUGAUAGAUGAUGUGCUGGAUUUUACAUCAUGUUCUGAGAAGCUAGGGAAACCAACCUUAGCGGACCUCAAACUUGGAAUAGCUACUGGUCCUGUCUUAUUUGCUUGUCAGCAGUUUCCAGAAAUUAAUGCCAUGAUAAUGAGGCGAUUCAGUUUGCCAGGAGAUGUACAACGUACCCAGGAGUAUGUACUAAAGAGUGGUGGUAUACAGCAGACAAUCUACCUCGCUCAGCGCUACUGCCAUGAAGCAACGCGAGAGAUCAGCAAGCUCAGACCAUCUCCUGAACGAGAUGCCCUGGUUCAGCUGGCAGAAGCUGUACUUUUGCGAGACAAGUGAUAUACAUCCUUCCACUCAUUCAGGCAGCUAAUUUACCAGACGGUGCCUAGAACUGUGUUUCAGAACAUCCUGGCUUGCUUCCCAUGCAGUUACCUUUUUUAAAAAAAGUUAUCCUCACUGAAAUAAAUAUAACUAGAUUUAUGAAGUAAAAAUGUUUUAUUUUCAGAAGCCAUACAAAAAUGCUGAAACAAAAAUGCUGGCAGCAAUCACUUAUGCCUGUGAUUUUAAUGAAGAGGGUUCCUUUUUCGUGUGGGCACUGUUUACAUUGUUCAUUAUUGACACCGAAGGCCACAAAGAAUAAAUACAAUCAAUGUGUUGAAAAAUCA